AUGGCGAGGGUCAGCUUCAUCCUCGCGUCGGCGUUCAUCCUGGUCUCUGGCGCCAGCGCGGGCCGCCCCCUGUUCGACCUCAUCUCUGGGGCGGUGGCCGAGGUGGAGGGCGCGGUGGGCCGCGGCCUGCGGCAGGUGACGGACAGCUACACCACACAGGGCGGCAACCAGUACAGGAACCCGGUGCAGAUCUACGCGCACGCCCGCGAGGCCGAGGCGUGGUCCCAUGCGCGCGCCAUCGGCAUCUACCAGAACCAGGGCGCGCAGGUCACCGCCGCUGGCGACACCUACCCCUCCGGCCGCAGCCAGGCGCUGUCCCAGGGCGGCCAGGACCGCGGCGCGCGCGUGCGCAGCACCGGCGGCUUCCCGCCCGCCAACGUGCUGAGCCUGUUCGGCCCCACCGCGAUCGCCACCACCGAGCUCGGCUUCCGCGCCAUGUCGGCGGUGAACGCGAUCCCCAUGAUCCGCUCCAACAACGACAACACCGGCAACCCCUUCCGCACCUCGUCAGCCUCCACCACCUCCAGGUGGGAGACCGUGGAGCCCCGCCAGGGCUCUGGCAGGGAGCGCCUGGUGUUCACCGACAGCCUCGGCUACACCGAGCGCGGCCCCCUCUCGAACGGCAUCUCGGAGAGCGGCGGCGGCCCCACCGCCGCAGACACCAACGACAACGACCGCUUCGGUUUCGGCAACCGCCGCUAA